GGGGCCUAGUGCAAAUUGCCCCACUUGCCUCCCCCCGGGCAGCCCUGCGUGCUUCACUGGCUACAAAGCUAUGGCUGCAACUAUCUGUAUGUCUCACUUUUUCUUCUCUUCUGAGGCACUAUGAACAAAUUAAGUGAUGAUCAAAGUGAAGACCUAACAGCACCAAUGAGAGCAGGACACAGCAGGGCCAGGCAGGAUCUCACAUCCAUGCCUCAAUCAAGGCCUGCAAACCCCUUUGCUAGUAUAGACCUGUCCCACCUCUCAGCAGCUCUGCCAAUGCAUCUGCACCAAAACUACUUACCGCUCUUGCUAUCUUGGCCCCAUCACAUAACUCAGCCAGCCACUUGCACCUCUGUUCAGACCUAUAUCACUCCCCUCUGCUCCCGUCCAGAGCUAACCGACUCUGCCACAGAGCCUUCUGCUGCAGCUCCUUGUUAAAACACUGUGCUGCCCCAACUGCCCCAGCCCCCCAACUCCUCCCUCUAAUGCUGGACUAUCAACCACUAUCCCAUUCUCCAAAAAAAAUAAAUGAAGCCUGAAUUUGGCUUAAAUUCACAGCUGUUGGGUCUCCUUCCUGGGCAGCAUUCUUCCCAGUCUGGAUUUACCCUGAACCCCCUCGGACGGGGCUUCUCUGAUUGCCCAGUAGUUCAGCCAAUCCAGGAGAAAAGUUCCCCCGCUUUGCUAAAGUGCCCAGCUGUCUCCUCACGCUCAGUAGUCCCAGCAGCUCACUCCCCUUUAUCGCUUGGCCAAGUUUCCUGCCCCGGCCUGUUCUUGUACCUCCCAGAGUGGGGUUAGAGGGGCUGCCUUACUUCCCUUGCUCUGCACCUUGUAAAGUCAUUUACCCCAUUAAAUGUAAAAUGCGUCAAUCCUUAUCUGGUGGUGGGUUACCCCAUUUUACACUGGUGUAAAUGAUCACAGUUGGGAGAUCCAGUAACACCAGACUCGGUGAAGCCAGCAGGGAGCCCCGUGACCUGUCACUCUAUGUGCUAGUCUAUAACCCGACCACCCCCAGACUUUCCUGACACUAACACCUCUCAGAAACACUGGGCCUGAUCCUGCCAGCGCUGCAUGUGUGGCACUGCCACUGGAGCCAGUGGGAGUCCGGUGUGAAGUCAAUGGGUGCAUCAUGCCUAGAGACCUGGCAGUGUCACCACAAGAAUUUUGUAUCCUCAGCGACCACUGCACUAGUGAGUAAAGAAGGGGCUUGAAAUACAUUAGGUACAAAUCCAUCCUCUUCCACAUGGACCAGGAGAUUCUGGUGUCCUCAAAAAUAGAAUUAGCAGUGAAUUGGGGUGCUGGUGUUAGACCCUGGAAACGGAUGUCCUGUAAUUAUCCCAGGACUGAGCACAGCCUGGGCAGUGGCUGGCUUCUUUCUCUUCAUUGGCUCCUCUCCCUGCCUGUCUGAUCUUUGCCUCUAGCAGGCGUUGCAGCGUCGUCUCACUUUCCCUGCCACAGAAGCCCAGGUUAACUCUCCCAGAGCAUCUCAGCAAGACAGAUCCCCAGUUUAUAUGUCCUGGAGCCUGGCCUGUGCUGUUAUGAACCUUCCCUACGCAUGGCCUUCCACAGCGGCAGAGUGCCAGGCAUCAAGGUGGACCAGAUCCACUUGUUUGCAGCUGGCACAGAAUUCCCAGGAAACUCCCCUCUGCUGAAGAUUCUUUCUCUGUGGUGAGAUGGGAAUAAACGUCCCUCUCAUUGCUGCAGGUGCUGAUCCUUGUGCUUUUCUGCUCUGAUUGACAGACCAUCCUCGUUCACCUGCUGUUGUGCCUGGUCACUUUCUACGCAGUCUAUUACAUGAUUGGAAGCAUCUGCUCUGGAGCUUUCAGGCUGGACACAUUUGAUGGACUUAUCCCCUUUGAAUUUAACACAGAACCAUCUCACUCAAAUCCCAAAUAUCUGGUGAAUUUGCUGUCCAUGGAGCUGACCUGCUUCACCAGUGGCCUUCUCUUUGCUGCUCUGCUGAAGCGAUGGGUCUGGGACUACGCCAUCACUGUCACAUUCGUCCAUGUGGCACUGACGUCUGUAGUGAUGGAGCAAUUCCCUUUGGUGUGGCACUGGUGGCUAGCACUCGGCAGUGGCCUCUUCAUCAUGAUUUUCAGUGGACAACUUGUGACCCACUUUGCUUGCCCUGACUCCAGUGAUCCCACUUUGGACAGCUACUGACAUUCUUGAGAGAUUCAGGAUCAAGGUAGUUUACUUCCUAGACCUCCAAACCUGAGCAUUUCAUCUGAGCGGUAUUUAUAGGGGCUGCAGUGAGUUCAAGUAGCCAGGCUAGAAAGAAGAAACGUACAAUGCUUUCAGAGGAGUAACUGUGCGACUGUGCAUCACAAGCACUGAAGAGUCCUAAAUCCCAUUUAGCCACCUCAGUCGGAUACAGCACGGUUUGGCAUGAAUAAAAGCCAUUAAGCUCCUUUCAUUUGAGAGAGGAAGGUCAGAGAGAAGCUCGUACUAGAGAAACAUGGACCAUUCCUCUGUGGGUAAGCUGAAAGGUGUUGACAGUCCGGUCAAGUUUCCCCCAUGGACUGCUGUGUAGUUCUAGGCAUUUGGAGUUUUGUAAUUCCCUAUUCCGCUGUUUAAA